GCAGAGAUCAACCUCCGAAGUCGCCGGAAUCGCAUCGGCUUUUGUUCCGUUGCUUAAAACACACAGCUUGCAGAGAUCGAUUGAGAACACGAAGCUGACGCUUUUAACGGUUCUAAUCGGAUCGAUUCUUUCUUUCAGGAGUUGAGCCAUCGCUCGAAGGAUGCUCGAUAGAGAAAAAUGCUAUUUGAUCUUCUGUCUUAUCUUCUUCAUGAUUGGUGUGCCUUGCUGCAGCCAUGAAAGCUUGUUUGAUGGAAAAACUUUGUAUGCUGGGAAGGAAUUAUGGAAGGAGACACUGCCAUUGCAAUCUGGUUCUCGAGUUUACAGAUUAGAAGGUCUUAAAUCAAAUUCUUGGUAUGAAGUCAAGAUCUCGUACCCAGCUUCUAUCCCAGCUCUGUUCUCUCUGCAACUAUUGAGGGACGGUGAAAUGGGUUUGAAGCUUAAUCAUAUGAGGAGAUUGCUAAACACUGAGAAGUUGAUCUUCAAAUCCCAAAGUCUUGAAAAUAAGGAGGGAUUGUAUGUGUUGGUGACGGUUGAGCCUGAAGGAAUCGUAGCUAUACCUAAUUUCAAAGAACGGUCUUUCAUCAUUUACAACAUAGUUUGUGAAGAACAGCUGUUAGGCAUCGCAUACUCAUGCUGGUCAGUGGUCCUUUUAGUAGUAUUGUGUCUCGUGGUUGCCCUGAUUCUUCCCCGGUUUCUCCCAUCUCAUCUUCUGAUCAAAGAUGGAGAUCGUGACCGUUAAUAAUAUCAAGAGGUAGCCUACGGUUUAAUAUCUUCUCUCUCUUUACAUAUGUUUUGUUACUCUGUUAGCUUCUUGAUGCUUAUUCAUCCAACUCGGUUUGGAUUUAGUUGUAUUAUAUUGGGUAUGAGGUAGGUAUUUUGGAUAUGUAUGUUUUCGGAAGAUUAUUUCGACAUGUUUUUUGAGUAAUUCUGUUUAUCCAACUUAUCUGUAUAGUC